GGUCGCGUUCGUACCAAGACGAUCAAGAAGGCGUCGCGGGUGAUCAUCGAGAAGUACUACACCCGCCUGACGAUGGACUUUCACGUGAACAAGAAGAUCUGCGAGGAGAUCGCCAUCAUCCCCAGCAAGCGGCUGCGCAACCAGAUUGCCGGCUUCGUCACCCAUCUGAUGAAGCGCAUCCAGCGCGGCCCCGUCCGCGGCAUCUCCAUCAAGCUCCAGGAGGAGGAGCGCGAGCGACGUGACAACUACGUCCCAGAGGUCUCCGCCCUGGACAACGUGAUGAUCGAGGUGGACAGCGACACGUUCCAGAUGCUCAAGGAGCUGAACAUGGACAAAAUCUCCGGUCUGCAGCUGACGAGCACCACCCCCGCCAGCAGCGGCUUCCGUGGAAACACCGGUCGCAAUUAA